AUGUCGGACGUACUUUUGAACUUCAUAGCUGGUGGCGUCGGUGGAUCAUGUACCGUCAUCGUUGGUCAUCCGUUCGAUACUGUCAAAGUACGUAUUCAAACUAUGGCUCGUCCGAAACCAGGAGAGAAACCACAGUUCACCGGAGCUCUUGAUUGUGCCAAAAGAACAGUUGCCAAAGAAGGAUUCUUCGCUUUAUAUAAAGGAAUGGCGGCACCUCUGGUCGGAGUCUCUCCCCUUUUUGCUGUCUUCUUCGGAGGAUGUGCCGUUGGAAAGUGGCUCCAGCAAACUGAUCCUAAUCAGGAAAUGACAUUCAUCCAAAAUGCGAACGCUGGUGCUUUGGCUGGAGUCUUCACGACUAUUGUGAUGGUUCCAGGAGAGAGAAUCAAAUGCCUCCUACAGGUUCAACAAGCCGGAUCUGUCUCAUCCGGUGUCCACUAUGAUGGACCACUUGAUGUCGUUAAGAAGUUGUACAAGCAAGGAGGAAUUGCAUCGAUCUACAGAGGAACAGGUGCUACUUUGCUCAGAGAUAUUCCAGCGUCGGCGGCCUAUCUCUCAGUUUACGAGUAUUUGAAAAAGAAGUUCUCGGGAGAAGGAGCCCAGCGAACAUUGUCACCUGGAGCUACUCUGAUGGCUGGAGGACUGGCCGGUAUCGCUAAUUGGGGUGUGUGCAUUCCAGCUGAUGUUCUCAAAUCACGUCUGCAAACCGCGCCAGAAGGAAAAUACCCAGAUGGAAUCCGCGGAGUUCUCAGAGAGGUUCUCCGAGAGGAAGGACCAAGGGCUCUUUUCAAGGGAUUCUGGCCAGUCAUGCUUCGUGCCUUCCCUGCUAAUGCUGCCUGCUUCUUCGGACUGGAGCUCACAUUGGCAGCAUUUCGCUUCUUUGGAAUUGGUGGGCAUCCAACUCCAUCAACAGAAGUCAUUCCUGUUCCACACGACGAAUGA